UUGACAACAAGCUUCGGUAAGGCUUUGAGCGGAAAGCUGUGGAAGAAUCGCAUGCAGUAAAAUUAAACGAGAACAUCAGUAUAUCCACUAUGAAGGCGGUCAGUCCGGUGCGGUCCAUAAGGAAACCUGCCUUCCAUUUUUCGGAGCAUAAUCUUGGCAUCUCGCGGAGCAAGACUUCCCUGGACGACCCGCUCAGUCUACUGUACAACAUGAAUGACUGCUACAGCAGGUUGAAGGAGCUCGUGCCGAGUCUACCGCAGAACAAGAGCGUGAGUAAAAUGGAGAUCUUGCAGCAUGUCAUAGAUUACAUUCUGGAUCUUCAGAUCGCACUGGACCAGAACCCGCUCGGACAGGGCCCCCCAAAAAAGACUGUCAAAUCACUCGGCGCUGAUAUCAGCAUCAUCUCUUUCCAGCCCAGUAACCCUCAAAGAGAUAUCAACUCAGAUGACCUCAUAACCCUAUCUCGUUGACAUGGUGUUUCGGUCAUGGAGCAAAAACAGGACCUUUUUGUGUUUUCUUUCUUUCUUUUUUUUUUUUUUUUUUUUUUUUUGGUCCGGUGUCAUUCGCCUGGACUUCGUCUUGAAUGACAAGGAUUUCCCUCAAAUGGACAUAAAAAGAUUCUGAGCUGACUUCGAACUUUAUAUUCUUUCUUUCAAAGGAAGAUUAAAAAAGACUGGAGACAUUUUAAAGGAAUUAAGUACGCAAGCAAUGUCAAAAAUCAGGAUCUUUGCUUUUAUGUUGAUAAGGUGUUGCGCAAAUCGAGAGCGCGUUUGAACACCUCUAGUUCGUCACAGGCUGCGGACAUUGUAAAAAUGUACUAUUAUUUUCUCUUUCUGCUGGAAGUGUGGUGUUUAUAAUAUUACAGAAAUUUUAUAAUUAGAACGUAAAUAGCACUUUUAUACAUAAUUAAAUGCUAAGUAUGAUGUUGGUGACCUAGACUGAGAUAUAAUUAACGAUCCAGUGUUUAUAUUGUAUUUUUUUUUUUUUAAAUACAUAAAGCAUAUUAACUUAAUAUCCCUAUAGAGGCUGUAAAGCUCUACUCUCGUGUUAUGAAGUUUGUUUUGUUAUGUGAAUGCAAUCGAGUCAUGUUCAGGGCGUGUGCUCUCAUAAUUGACCUUUUUCACACUCCGGGUUUCGGAAUGCGGAAGUAAAUGUUUGCAGGGUAAACUUCGACAGCGGUGAAUGGGAGAUCACAGCGAAUAUUAUUUUUACUUACCCAUUUGCUCCAAGACCAAAAGAAAAAAAUCCACUAUUACGUUUGAAUGACUUUCCAGAAGAGUUAAAAAAUAGAGAGCGGUGAAUUAAGAUGAUGCCAAAUUUACUGUCACUCUCUCAGCAGCUGCAAUAGACAUCCCCUCACAGCUUUGGGAAUUCGUUUUUUAAAACUAAUUUCAGGGUAAUACAACACAAAGUAUAAUGUUAUAAAUUUACACUCAAUAUUUAAAAAAUGUAUAAUAUAUAUAUAUAUAUAUAUAUAUAUAUAUAUAUAUAUAUAUAUAUAUAUAUAUAUAUAUAUAUAUAUAUAUAAAAAGAGAGAUUUACGAUGAUAAAUAAGGCGGAAACGCGUCAUCACAGUCUGUGAAAAAGGUCUAUUAUAAUGCACAAGCUACUGGUGCCACCCAUCU